CUCGAACCGAAAACACCAGACACGAAAUCUGUUCUUUUUAUUUUUACCCAAUUAUUGUUUUUAUUAUGCAGAAGAUGCACCAUUCCGGCCAUGUGAGGGUUUAUCUGUUCCGCAAGCUCUCCGCCCCGCCCACCGACCUGCAGCGGGAGGUGGGCGAGGUGGCGGUUGCCGAGGUGUUGGACCAGGUUCUUGGCGGACACUCGAGCAUGGUGUUUUGCUGCGGUCCCGGUAAUACUGGCGGUGAUCCGGAGGACAUUGUCACCCGCAUUUGCGGGGAACUGUUCUCCGGCAUCCACGCGCCGGAUCAACCAGAAAUAUCGGUGCGACAUGUGAAGCUGAGCGGCGAUCCGAAUGACCUAACAAGGAACGUGACCAGCACUGCUUAUCGGACGCCGCUGGAUCACAUUGUGGCCACUCCUCGGGAGCUACUGGACUAUUUCCAGACAGUCAAGGGGAAAAUGGGCCUGGAUGGCGAGUGCCGCUUCCUUAUGUUCAACGUUCUUGUGGACCAGAAGUCCAGUGCCGACUGCGGCCAACUGCAGCUGGUCCACCUCAAGGAGGUGGGCGAAGAUUUCCAGUCCACUUACACUGAGUCCGAGUCUGGGUCCCAGUCCGAGUCCCAGUCCGAUUCCGAGACCCAGACUGGAACCGAGACCGAAACUCCCCUGGAAACGCUUGGGAAACUUCUGCAGGCCCUGGCCCACAACACCAAGACUCAUCUUAGGUACCACAACGUGCGGCUGACCGGGCUCCUGAAGGAACUGCUGGGCAACUGCGGGAGAACUGUUCUGAUAAAUUUCACGAAUGAGCCGAGAAGUUGCAAGCGCGUCGUGACCAAGUCGUUGCGGAUUAACCGAGACGAGCUGACCGCUACGGUUUGGCAGGCAAUGUACAGGCACGAGCGCCAGAAAUACUGUUGCCUGAGGGAGAAGGUCCUCAGCCUGGGAGGCGAAAGGCCAAAGGAAAUGGAGGCGUUCCUGGAGGACUUAGAGGGAGGCCGGUCUCCGGAGGAGAGAUGCGGGAAAUCGGAACAGGAGCAGGGUCUAAUGCAGCAGAAGAUGCUUGAGAUUCGCACCGAGGCGGAGCUCACCAUUGCUCAGCUGGCGGACCUAAAGUCUGACAUGGAACGCUUGGUGGAGCAGAACUACCGCCAGGAGCAGCAGCUCGAGCAGAAGAACCGCCAGUUGACCAGACUGAGUACACUGCUUACGAGCGCUCGCGAGGAUCUCAGAGCGCAAAGGACGCAAUUUAAGGGCAAGCUGGCCGAGGACCUGGGUAAACUCAGCCGCCUGUGUCGCCUCCAGAGCAAAAUUCAAAUGAAGGUUCACCGCCGCCAUGUGUCUGAGGUAUUCGACUUAAUCCUACAGGGAAAUCAGCAGGGAGAAGCCACCCGGACUAGCGCAGAGGACGAAGAGACAGAUGAUGAGCCACCUGAGAAGCCUAGGACAAGCACCACCGUCUAGCACUAGGCUCCCAGCUCAGCACCCACGAAGACCCCUUUUAAAGGUCAGCCGGUCGUCUUCGGCCAUCCGGGCCAGUCACGAAGCAUUCGGAGCAAUCACACAUUCCCCAGCUCAUCUGGCUAUGCCCCUUUGCCAUUUAGCUGGGGCUUUGACACGGCGAUACAAACGGGGACUGCCAGCCAGUUUGCCAUCCAGUUUGUUUCCCUUACCAAUCGUUUUUGCUAUGAACGCUUCGGGAGGUCUAAAACAGAGAUGUGCCAUGUAACUCAGAUGGAACGGGAUGGUACAGAGAUAGAUGCUAUUCAUUCUAAAUUUCGAAGAUGCCGACAAAGUUUUCAUAUGAGAGUGAUUUUUGUUUUCAAACAGGUCGUAAUGGAACUGGAACUUAGACGCUCAAGAGAAGUUCAAGGUCAUUUUAUAGAAAUAUGUUUCAUGUCUUAUGGGAAGAAGAACCUGAUUCUUUCGAUAUAUUGUAUGACUUAUUUUAAGCCUCGCAAAGAACUGUUCUAGUGCUAUUCGCCUGUCCAAAUUGAAUGUUUAGCAAAUUGUACGAUAAUUGUCUAAAUUCCCAUCUACAAACUUCUGAGGCUCUGAAUGAAUAAAUUAUGGUAAAAA